AGCGUAGAGUUAAUGUUAAAACUGCACUGUGUUACAUUGGUUAAAGAUUGUAGAUGAAACACACUUCUUUGGAAUUAAAAGCUUUUUUUUUUAUUGUUGAUCAUGUUUGUGGUAUAAACGGAGAGCGAAUAAUUAAUUCUGGUGCCACUUGCUCUAAAAAGUUUCAAAACCUCUGUAGUCUGUCCACAUGGCGAUAUCCACGUCACUGUUGACUAGGUGUGGUUGCCUGCAGCGCCCCCUCCCGGUGACGAGCGACGCCGCAUCCCCUCCUGUGCCUCGUCGUCGUCGUCGUCACGUGACCCCAUUGAAAUCCAAGCAAAGCGGCAGCAAAGCUCGGCGAGCCUCCUCGUCCUCAUCCUCAUCCUCCCCAUCCCCACCGCGAGGAGCGCGACCACCCGAGCCCCAGCCACUGCGCCGCGACGGACUUGAGCCAUUCGAGGUCGGCGGACGCCAUGACGGACCCCCGCUAAGAGGCGAGACUUUGCAGCCCCCUUUCUUUGUUCUCCUCGCUGGUCGUCGCGCGCGCCUUUCGCCGAGGAGGGAAGCGACGAAGAGGAGGAAGCCGGAGGAGGAGGCUGAAGGUGUUUUCACCGCGAUACGAGGCGGAAUGGCGGACCGAGAGGCGUCGCCGAUACCGUUGGAGAUCCGAGCCCGCCUGGCCGAGUUGGAGCUGGAGCUGUCAGAGGGCGACAUCACUCAGAAGGGUUAUGAGAAGAAGAGGUCCAAGCUGAUCAGAGCGUUUGUUCCACAUGCUGGAGGGAUGGAAGGUCCAAUGUCGCACCGGGUCCCUUUGGGCCCGCCCUCUGCCGCCCGCUUCCAUCGCCGGCGAACAUCGGGCACCAGAGAUGAACGCUACCGCUCAGACGUUCACACAGAGGCGGUCCAAGCAAUGCUGGCGCGCCACGUGGAAAGGAAGGUGGCGGUGCCCAUGCCGUCCAAACGUCGCUCCCUGGUCGUGCAGACCUCCAUGGACGCGUACACGCCGCCAGGCCUGUCGCCCUUGUGCUCAGACUCCUCGUCGGGUUCGGAGGAGGAGGCGGGCCCUUGCGACGACAUGUCGGGCAUGGAGCACUGGAUGGGCCGGCCGUCCCAGCUCGGCCCCGCCCACCUGGGCUCCACCUCCUCCUCGUCUUCAUCCACGCAGAGCGGCGGGAGCGGCAAUGCUGGGCGUCUGGCCGACUCGCUGGCGCAUGCGCACAUCUCGCAUCUGGCCCACCUGGGGCACACGCACGGAGGACCGGGGCACCUGCAGCAGAGCCACCUCGCGCCCUCGCACCACGGCAUCGGCCACCUAUCUCUGAAGAGGAAAGGAGCGCUGAGCGUCGCUGAGAACGGAGGAUCUUUGCGGCGGUCCUGCGAGUUUGGCUCCGACAUGCUGUGGCCGCCGCCGCUGGAGUCUGACGAAAACCACUCGGGCCCGCCGGACGUGUCUGGCUACUCGUCAGACUCGCCUCACUCCCACACGGAGCGCCAUCCCAUGUCCAACAUGGGCACCAUCGCCCGCAACACGCAGAAGUACGGCAACGCAGAGCGCAUGGAAACCGGCGACGGCGUUCCGGUCAGCAGUCGCGUGUCGGCCAAGAUCCAGCAGCUUGUCAACACACUCAAGCAACCUCGCCGGCCGCCACUUCGCGAGUUCUUCGUCGAUGACUUUGACGAACUUCUGGAAGUCCAACAGCCGGACCCCAAUCAGCCUCGUCCUGAGGGGGCGGAGAUGAUGCCGGUGCGAGGCGACGCCCUGGGGGUGGUCACCAACUGGCCGCCUUCGCUGGAGGCCGCCCUCCAACGCUGGGGCACCAUCUCCCCGAAAGCCCCCUGCCUUACCAGUCUGGACACGGCGGGCAAGCCUCUCUACGUGCUCACCUACGGGAAGCUGUGGUCGCGCAGCAUCAAGCUAGCUUACAACAUCCUCCACAAGUUGGGCAGCAAGCAGGAGCCCAUGGUGCGGCCCGGAGACAGGGUGGCGCUGGUGUUCCCCAACAACGACCCGGUGGCCUUCGUGGUGGCGUUCUACGGCUGCCUGCUGGCUGAGGUGGUCCCGGUUCCCAUCGAGGUGCCCCUCAGCCGCAAGGAUGCGGGAAGUCAGCAGAUCGGUUUUCUGCUGGGAAGCUGCGGCGUCACCGUGGCGCUGACCAGUGACGCUUGCCAUAAGGGGCUCCCCAAGAGCGCCACGGGGGAGAUUCCACAAUUCAAAGGUUGGCCCAAACUGCUGUGGUUCGUCACCGAGUCCAAGCACCUGUCCAAGCCGCCCAGAGAUUGGUUCCCUCACAUCAAGGACGCAAACAACGACACGGCUUAUAUCGAGUAUAAAACGUGCAAAGACGGCAGCGUGCUGGGCGUCACGGUGACCAGGAUCGCUCUGCUCACGCACUGUCAGGCCCUCACUCAGUCCUGCUGCUACACUGAGGCCGAGACCAUCGUCAACGUUCUGGACUUCAAGAAGGACGUGGGAUUGUGGCACGGCAUCCUGACGAGCGUGAUGAACAUGAUGCACGUGAUCAGCGUGCCUUACUCGCUGAUGAAGGUCAACCCUCUAUCGUGGAUCCAGAAAGUGUGCCAGUACAAAGCCAAAGUGUCCUGUGUGAAGUCCAGGGACAUGCACUGGGCUCUGGUGGCCCACAAGGACCAGAAGGACAUCAACCUGAGCUCCCUGCGCAUGCUUCUCGUGGCCGACGGUUCCAACCCUUGGUCCAUCUCAUCGUGCGACGCGUUCCUCAACGUCUUUCAGACCAAAGGCCUGCGAGCGGAGGUCAUCUGUCCCUGCGCCAGCUCGCCCGAGGCUCUGACGGUCGCCAUCAGGAGGCCAGCGGAGGACAGCAGUCAGCCACCAGGUCGCGGCGUGCUGUCCAUGCAGGGCCUCAGUUACGGAGUGGUCCGCGUGGACACGGAGGAGCGUCUCUCCGUCCUCACCGUGCAAGACGUGGGCACGGUGAUGCCGGGAGGGCUGGUGUGCGUGGUGAAGCCCGAAGGCGUCCCUCAGCUCUGUCAGACGGACGAGAUUGGCGAGUUGUGCGUGUGCGCCAUCGCCACCGGCACGUCCUACUACGGCCUCACCGGCAUGACCAAGAACACCUUCGAGGUGUACCCGGUGAGCGGCGGCGGCGGGCUGGUGAGCGAGUACGCCUUCGUGCGGACCGGCCUGCUGGGCUUCAUUGGACCGGGAGGCCUGGUCUUCAUCACAGGCAAGAUGGACGGCCUCAUCAUGGUCAGCGGGCGCCGGCACAACGCCGACGACAUCGUGGCCACGGCUUUGGCGGUGGAGCCCAUGAAGUUCGUCUACAGGGGAAGGAUAGCCGUGUUCUCCGUGACCGUCCUGAGGGACGAGCGGAUCGUGGUGGUGGCCGAGCAGCGGCCGGACUCCACCGAGGAAGACAGCUUCCAGUGGAUGAGUCGCGUGCUGCAGGCAAUCGACAGCAUCCACGGCGUGGGCGUCUUCUGUUUGGCUCUGGUUCCGGCCAACACGCUGCCCAAGACUCCGCUGGGCGGCAUCCACCUGUCUGAGAUCAAGCAGCUGUACCUGGAGGGGGGGCUGCACCCCUGCAACGUCCUCAUGUGCCCCCACACCUGCGUCAGCAACCUGCCCAAGCCUCGACAGAAGCAGCCAGAGAUCGGCCCCGCCUCCGUGAUGGUGGGCAAUCUGGUGUCGGGCAAGCGGAUCGCUCAGGCGAGCGGGAGAGAUCUGGGACAGACGGAUGACAACGACCAGUUCCUGUUCCUGUCGGAGGUUUUGCAGUGGCGAGCUCAAACAACACCUGACCACAUUCUCUACACUCUGCUCAGCUCUCGGGGGGCAGUCUCCAACUCCCUCACCUGCCUGCAGCUCCACAAGCGGGCAGAGCGAGUGGCGGCUCUGCUAAUGGAGCGCGGCGGCCUGCAGGAAGGAGACCACGUGGCUCUGGUCUACCCACCCGGUAUCGACCUGAUCGCCGCCUUCUACGGCGCGCUGUACGCCGGCUGCGUCCCCAUCACGGUGCGACCGCCCCAUCCGCAGAACAUCUCCACCACGCUGCCCACCGUCAAGAUGAUCGUGGAGGUCAGCCACUCGGCCUGCGUGAUGACCACGGCCGUCAUCUGCAAGCUGCUCCGCUCCAAAGAGGCCACGGCCACCGUGGACAUCAGGAACUGGCCGCCCGUCCUCGACACUGACGACCUGCCAAAGAAGAAACCUCCGGCAUUGUACAAACCCAGCAACCCUGACGGUUUGGCAUAUUUGGACUUCAGUGUGUCGACCACCGGCAUGCUGGCCGGCGUCCAGAUGUCCCAUAAUGCCGUGGGAGCGUUCUGCCGCUCGGUGAAGCUGCAGUGUGAGUUGUACCCGUCAAGAGAGGUGGCCAUCUGCCUCGACCCGUACUGCGGCCUCGGCUUUGUCCUCUGGUGUCUCUGCAGUGUCUACUCAGGCCACCAGUCCAUCCUGAUCCCGCCAGUGGAGCUGGAGUCCAACCCGGCGCUGUGGCUGCUGGCCGUCAGCCAGUUGAGGGUGCGAGACACUUUCUGCUCCUACAGCGUCAUGGAACUUUGCACCAAAGGUCUCGGCCUGCAAACCGAAACCCUCAAGGCCCGUGGUCUGGACCUGUCGCGGGUGCGGGCGUGUGUGGUGGUGGCCGAGGAGAGGCCCAGGAUGUCCCUCACGCUCUCCUUCUCCAAACUCUUCAAAGAUCUCGGCUUGCACCCGCGUUCGGUCAGCACAGCCUUUGGAUGCAGGGUCAACCUGGCCAUCUGCUUGCAGGGCACGUCAGGACCGGACCCCACCACGGUCUAUGUGGACAUGAGGGCGCUACGCCAUGACAGGGUGCGUCUGGUGGAGAGAGGAUCUCCUCACAGUCUGCCUCUGAUGGAAUCCGGAAAGAUCCUGCCUGGAGUUCGCAUCAUUAUCGCCAACCCCGAGACCAAAGGCCCUCUGGGGGACUCGCACCUGGGAGAGAUCUGGGUGCACAGCGCCCACAACGGCAGCGGCUACUACAGCGGCUACGGCGAGGAGGUCCUGCAGUCGGACCAUUUCAACUCCAGGCUGAGCUUCGGCGACACGCAGACCGUUUGGGCCCGGACGGGCUAUCUGGGCUUCCUCCGCCGCACCGAGCUCACCGACGCCAACGGAGAGAGACACGAUGCCCUGUUUGUGGUGGGCGCCUUGGAGGAGGCCAUGGAGCUGCGGGGCAUGCGCUACCACCCCAUCGACAUCGAGACGUCUGUCAUCCGCGCGCAUAAGAGCAUCAUGGAGUGCGCCGUGUUCCCGUGGACCAACCUGCUGGUGGUGGUGGUGGAGCUGGAGGGCUCGGAGCAGGAGGCGCUGGACCUGGUUCCCAUGGUGACCAAGGCGGUGCUGGAGGAGCACUACCUGAUCGUGGGCGUGGUGGUGGUGACCGACAUCGGCGUCAUCCCCAUCAACUCGCGCGGCGAAAAGCAGCGCAUGCACCUGCGCGACGGCUUCCUGCAGGACCAGCUGGACCCCAUCUACGUGGCCUACAACAUGUAGCGUGCACGUGCGUGUGUGUGUGUGUGUGUGUGUGUGUGUGUGUGUGUGUGUGUGUGUGUGUGCGCGUGUGCGUGUGUGUGUGAUCUCCACUUGUCGCUUUUGUCCCUCGUUAGUUGACUGAGCGCGCCGCUGAUGUCGUGCGCGUGACCGCCGCCAGGGAAGCUUCGUGGCAACGGAGGGGAAACCCGCAAGGAGCCUCUUGUAAAAAAUAUAAAUAUUGUACAUUGACAUAACAAUCUAUAUGGAGAGGAAGCGUAAAGACCAGGAGGUGUCGAGUAGCCCCAAUAUGCAGCCCUCUCACCACCCCAGCAGACCCCGUGUGUGCGUGUGUGCGCAUGUGUGUGUUUUUGUGUGUGUGUGUGAGUGAGACAGGGACAUUUGGUGUCGCUUCAGUGGGAAUUUGAAGGGAUUUCAGCUACCAUCAACUACGGUUGUAAAAUUGCGCUAAUUUUGGAGUCGGAAACUUUCUCUGGGUAUAAACCAGGAAUUUUUGCAAGUUGGAGGAUUUUUUUUAAAUGGACAUCAUGCAAAAUCAGUUGAUUUUACUCUUUUUAAGCAGAGUGGUGCCUUGAGAUGUGAGUAUUGUGCGGCACCUCCCCAGUAAGCAAAAAAUUGUCAAAAAAAGGCUUCCAGCUGUUUCAUGCCAAUCCCAUCUUAAGUUUACUCAAAAGCUAAACUGAGAACAAAAACAAUGACACCUUCGGUAUUUAAAACAGCAGUUGUGGUUUUGGAAAACUUGAACACAAAUGUUUAUGUAAACAAAAAAUGUAACAAUACUCACGGGCACAUAUAUUCUUUAUCCUCUGCAAAAAAUGAAGAAUAUUACAGCAGUCAGAGUAGAAGAAGUACUCUUCUUCUGCAUGAUUGUGGUACUGUACUGCCUCCGUGUGGUCAAGGCGGACACACCAGAAGGAGCAGCACAAUGAAUUCGAUUGCAGCAUUUCAUCAGAAUGAAGACAUUGUUUUAUUCUUUACAUUCUAUUUAAUUAUGUUGUUACACAAUGUUCUUGGAAACUACAAUAUGCUAUUUUUCCUCUUUUGAAUUCCAUUUCUGAGGAAUGGGAAGGCUGGCACGAUUUGCUAGUGUAAUGCCCCCCGCAUGUGGGCAAGGAGAGCAUUGUUUUGCAUGGGUGUCUGCUUAUAACAAAACAAAAUGUUGAUAUUGAUGUUUUGACAUGAAAUCUUUCCAUUUCAUUCCCAUGGGCUAAGCUAACACUGUAGCAAUAGGAUACCCCAAAGUUGUAUGUGCGACACUCUUAACAAAGUGAAGGCUGUCCACACUUUGGCGGCUUACACUUUAUUUUCUCUGAGACAACAACAAAAACUAGUUUGUCCUAAUUUCCUUUGCCAGCAAAUAUUUUCCCCAUCGAAAACAGUUGAUGCAGUUGGCUUGUUGUUUUAAAAAGCUGCAUCACAGCAAAAGAUCUGUUUUUAGUCUUCGUAAUAUUGCCCCAUUUUGUUGAACACUAACCUUUUUACAAUGAAAUGAAACACUAACUUUGAUGAGUUCAUUGCUCCUUACCACCUUUGAAAUCAUUUUGACCAAGACGAGUAUCUUUAGUAGUUGUGUGGUUGCGUGUUUUGCUACAAAACACUUUGCUGUGUCUUACGUGCACUAACUCAGAUGUUUUAUUCAAAGUCUAGAAAAGGAUGAAGAAGAUUAAAGAUGAAUAUUUAUUACAAAUAAAAACUUGAAUAUUGUCAGUCCAUCCCAAAAAGGUGGAGGUGUUGGUGUUGGCUAGCUUUGCGCUGUUUAGCGUAGUUAGCAGUAUGCCGCGGACUGUGACGCAGAUUAUGUAGAAUAUUUUCAAUAUGUGUCAUCAAGUCUUUUAUUUCAUCACCGAAAGGAAGGGGAAGGGAGGAUGUCUUUAUGCAUAUCAGCUAGUUCAGCGAUGCUAGCAGUUUUAGCCGCCGUGUGUGUUCAAGCGCGACAAAGGACGUCCCAUCAAGUGUGUUUGUGAGAGAGUGUGUGUGUGUGUGUGUGUGUGCUUGAGAGUGUAUUGUAUGUAAAUAGUGUUGAUUUUGUACGGUACAAAUGUGUGUGACUUGUUUUGUACACAUGACUUCAAAAAGAUGAAAUGACACUUUUAUAAGAGUCGUCUACUGGCUCACGUCACACUAAACAAGUGCAAUAAAGUGCUUUGAUUGGCUAAAGAGA